AUUGAGACUUGGGACGGAAGAUCAUUCUAUUACCAUGUCCAAACCACAAGUUUUACUGGAUUUAUUUGUGAGAAAUGGAGCCGUUCAUUCUUCAGUUUCUAUACGGAAAGCUUGCGCUCACUAAGAUAUGCACUACAGAUUUUAGAGGUGGCUUUGUUGCUAUCGAAGGGAAGAGAGUAGUUGCAAGAGAUGGCAUUGAAGCAGAAGCAAAUGCCAUUCUUUGUGGGUUGCAAUUAGCUCGUGGGCAAGGUGUCCAGCGCAUUGCUUUGGUUUCUACUGUAAAGGAGCUAGUUGAUGCUAUUAAUACUGGAGAAAGGCAAAGUUUUCAAAGGCUGGAAAAGAUUCUUACCAAGAUUACUGAUCUCCUUUUUGAAUUUAAUUGGGCUAGAAUAUUCCAUGAUCGAAGACUGUCUGCGCAAGUGGCUUGCCAACUUGCUAGUCGGGCUAUCUACAUGAGCAAAUUAGGCUUUCAUGCAACAAAACCACCCAAUUGGUUCAUAGAUGGGUGAACAAUCUAGGUAUGUGGCUUCUAGAAUUUUAUAGUGCAUAUUUUUCAGAUAGUUCAUUAACUUCUUUCUUCCUCUAUAGAUUCCAAUAUAAUGCUCUAUUGUUU